AUGACUAAAAAUUUAGUCGCUAGUUGUUUUGUCGUUGAAAACUUGGUCACUGAAAGUGGAGUUUUUUGUAGUGGUAGUCGGUCAGGUUCUGAAUCUGCUUCUAGUGAAGGUUCUACUGCUAAAUCAAUACAGUAUCAGGUUAUGGAUAAAGUUCUUGGCUCGAGGUCUGAUUAUCAAAUAGGAGUGGGAUACAGGCCUAAAGGCAAAGGGAAGAAAUCAGCAUCUAGCUCCACAAGUCAAAGUCCAAGCCAAAAUCAGUCACAAGUUCCUACUAAUGUGACUCCAGAGAUGAUGGGAGUUUUGGCUGAGAUGUGGGUUAAGAUGCAUGAUAAAGUCGAGUCAGGAAAUUUUCAGACUGAUUCUUCUCUCCAUGACCCACGCUAUGAAAGUUUAUUGCAGCAGUUCUUACCUUCUCAACAACAAGGUAGUACGUCUAAUCAAAGCCCGGGGACGUCGUCGAUGCCACAGCAACCACAACAAAAUUCUCCAAACAUAUCUGGUGGUUCCUCUCAGUCGCCACUUUUUAAUUAUAUGUUUGGACUUUCUUCCCAGUUUUCUCAGACACAACCUAUGGGAAGUCAGUUUGGAGGAUUACCGCAGCAGCAGCAACAACAACAUAUGUAUGGUCAAUUUGGGCCGUUCAUGCAGCAGCAGCCGGUAUAUCCUCAUUAUGGAGGAUCGACACAGCAGCCCGUUUAUAAUCAGCAGUACUACACUUCUCCGAAUCAACAACAACAGCAGUCUCCUUUGAUUCGUCCACAGCCUCGACCAUAUUAUCCUUCGCCGCCAGCACCACAGUCUCAUGAAGGUCUGAGUCGAAGCACGAAUGUUGAAGAUUUUUUAAAUGAACAUUUUGAUGAAGACAAUAAUAAUUAG